CGGAACGGCUGUUCUCCUGCCCAUUCUCAAUUUCUCUCAGUCAGUCCGCUUUAUCUCUUUCCCCUAUCCAAGCCAGAAACCCCCGGAAAGCCCCGAGAACCUCCCCUGCCAUGGCGACCGCCGCCCAGGCCGCCGCCGCCGCCGCGGCCUUCCUUUCGUUCCUCUCCUCCUCCCCCACCCACCACACCGCUCCCUCCUCCUCCGUCUCCCUCGGGGCAGCCCCUAUCCUACGCGUCUCCCUCCGGGCCGCUGCCACGGGUGGCCCACGGCUCCCCUUCCACCUCCGGGGCCGCCGCGUCGGCGCCGUCGUCGCCCAGCUCCCCACCACUGAUCCUGGAAUUGCAUUAAAUUUUAGGCAUCCAGAGGUAGCUUCUGGGGACAAGAAGAUCAGAUGGUCUUCAAGGGCGGUGCGGUCAUUUGCGAUGGCGGAACUGGAGGCACGGAAGAUGAGGUAUCCUACCACAGGCACGGAGGGGCUCCUCAUGGGCAUUCUUGUUGAAGGAACUAGUGGUGCGGCGAAACUUUUGCGUGCUAAUGGAAUCAACCUUCUCAAAGUGCGUGAGGAGGCAGCAAAUGUGCUUGGGAAAUCAGAAAUGUUUUACUUUAGUCCUAUGCAUCCACCAUUGACAGAAGCUGCACAACGAGCCCUUGAUUGGGCUGCCAGUGAGAAACUGAAGUCAGGUGAGGAUGGAGAAGUAACUGCCAACCAUUUGCUGCUGGGGAUAUGGUCAGAUAAGGAGUCAGCUGGCCAUAAAAUUCUGGCUUCGCUUGGGUUUGAUGAUGAGAAAGCCAGAUUACUCGCCCAAACGGCCGAUGAAGAGGCUGCAAUGAGUCCUAGAUAGCAAAGUGAGGACCUAGUUAUUAUUCUACUUCUCUGAGGCUGGUGCUGUGCACUUGGCAACCUCAAUGCUUACUGGCGCCUCGAGUUCCAUGGGCGCUCAUCUAGUUACCUGGAGGUUGCUUCUGCAAAGUUUGGGGCAUGAGAUGUGUUAGGUUGAAUCUGAUAUUUGACUCUCACUGAGUCACUGUUGCUGAUGCCUGUAAAAACAUUGCGAUUUUCUUUGCACGAUUGCUUUUGUUCCUUGCGCAGCUGGAUUUGUGAACUGUGAGGUCAAAUCCGAUGUUUGUACUCACUAUUGCUGAUGCCUGCAAAAGCAUCACGAAUUCUUUGCACGUUGAGCUUUUCCCUGCGCAGCUGGAUUUGUGAACUUCUGGUAAAUGACCUUUUUAGGGUCCAGAUUAAGUGGACAUGAUGCUUCCUUCAA